UUAAUAAUUUAACGACUAAGAAGAGAGAAUCGUAUAUAUAGACAUAUACUAAUAGUGCGAGUGUGGGAAAAUCCAAUGCAUCCAUGCAAUGGAGCGCCUAGCAAUCAUCCUAGUUGCGUCUGUUAUUACAGCUUCAAGUGCGCAGGCCAGAACAUCAGCAAAUGAUGGCGGCCUACAGCGGCGGCAUCAAGAAGAAUGGCAACAACUGUUGCAAUCACAACAAGCUUAUCUAGACAAUUUAAGGAAUACACACUAUCAGCAGCAGCAACAAGCACUAACACAACUGCAGCUACAACAAGUACGCGAUCAACAACUUGUUCAAUUACAAAGCGAACGAGAUCAACAACUACGUACUCAAGAGCAACUGCGUCAACGUCAAGAACAAGAAAAGCAGCAACUACAACAGCAACAGCAAGAACAACAACAACAGCAAACACAAAGGCUUACACCACAACAGCAGCAACAAAAACAGCAACAACAGCAACAACAACAGCAAGCACAAAGGCUUACACCACAACAACAACAAAAGCUACGUGAACAGCAACAACAACAGCAACGUGAACAGCAACAACAACAGCUAUUGCGAGAGCAGGAAGAGCGAGAGCGAGAGCGACAGCAACAGGAAUAUGAUGAUUAUCAACGUAGGCAACAACAAGCUGGUAGACAGCCAAUUCAGCAACCACAACCGAAUCCAAAUAUUCCACAAAACUAUCCAGUUACAACAAAAAAACCAGCACGUCCCGCCGCUCCGACGCCAUUCGAUAAAUUCAGCACACAACUGUUUCAAGUACUUGGACCAUACAAUCCUCAACUAAAUCUAGUAUAUUCUCCACUAGCACUGCACACUUUGCUAGCCUUUGUAUAUAUGGGUGCUUCUGGUGCAACCGAAGCAGAACUAAAGAAAGCUCUAUCACUACAACAAGUAAACAAGAACAGCGUACCACAAUUAUUUACCAGUGUAUUGAAUUCACAGAAGCAGGGUGCUGCAGAUCUUGUUAUGGCCAAUAAAAUGUACUACUCUAGUAAUUUAGUGUUUCAGGACGAUGUCAAUAAACCUCGUUACUUUAAUGCUGAAUCUGAGCCGGCCAAUUUUGACAAUCCCAGUCAGGUUGUGCACAGCGUCAACAAUUGGGUUGGUAAAAAAACAAACAAUAAGAUAAAAAAUUUGAUUACAUCAAGUGCUGUAGAUCCCACUACACAAGCGCUUUUAGUGAAUGCUAUUUACUUCAGAGGCAGUUGGGAACAUGAGUUCGGUGUCGGUGAUACAACAGAUGCAGUAUUUCAUGCAUACGGUCAAAAGCGUACUAAUGUCAAAAUGAUGUUUAUCGACGAAACGUUUCCAUACGCAGAUCUUAGUGAACUUGGUGCUGAUAUAAUCGAAUUACCAUACAAAGAUUCCGAGAUAUCAAUGUUAAUAAUAUUGCCAAAAAAUAAAAAUGGUUUGGCUGAUCUUGAAAGCCGAUUGAGCAAUAUUGAUUUGAAAACUUUAACAAAUAGAUUGAGCCCAUCGAAUGUGCAAUUACGGUUACCGAGAUUCCAAGUUGAGUUCGAAAUAGAUAUGCUUGAACCACUUAAGUUGCUGCAAAUAAGAAGACUGUUUUCAAGUCAAGCAAAUCUAGAUCAUUUCUUUGGUCCCGGUUCUCAAAUUGGUGUGUCAAAAGUUCUACAUAAGGCAGUGCUUAAAGUUAAUGAAGCUGGCUCUGAAGCUGCAGCUGCAUCUUAUGCUAAGUUGGUUCCAUUGUCUUUGCCAGUUAGAACUAUAGAGUUUACUGUAGAUCAUCCUUUCAUAUUUGCAAUUCGUGGUCCAGAUGCUGUGUACUUUGCAGGUCACGUGGUUAAUAUAUAAUGAAAUGUUCCUAGAAUUCGUAGGCUAUUCCAAAUUAUUCGAAAUUAUAAUUU